AAACAAGAAGCUCGGCCACUCUUGGCCUUGUUAUCUGAGGAGAAGCAACCGAGGGCAACGCGCGCGCGUGUGUGUGCGCGCGCGCAUUUGUGUUGGUGAGGCGAUGCUGCUAAGGAGUCUCAAACAGGAGGAGGUUUUCCCGAGCCAGCUCCUAAUGGUGGUUUUAUGUGCUCUGAAAAAAGUUUCAUGGGUGUGGGAAGGCAAGUCCGAGCCACCUUAACCCUUCCAGGAACUGCUUCCAGGAACUGCUGCCAGCGAUGAUGUGGAAGGUCUCACUUCUCAAACAGUAGAUGUUGACAUAAAGGGGGAGGUAUACCAUUUGCCACCUAACUACCUCCAUGAAAAAAAGAAUACCAUUAUAAGAAGCACUUCUCUGUAGACUCUCCAUGAUGGCAGCUUAUAUAAAAAAGCUAAGACGAUUCGUAAUAAAACAGUUGUCCCAGGGAAAACUCUGGAAGUUUACCUUCGUUAUUUUUAUCUUCUUAAUAUUUUUGGUUUUGUUGCAACGAGAAGUAAGCGUUCAGGAUUUCAAUGAAGAACCAGGAAUACUAUCAAAAGACGGAAAGAGAAGUAAUGUACUGGGCCUAGUUUUAAAAGCUGUGAACAAUAUUAAAGCUGUAAAGCCAAAAAUGCAGAUUAAAGCGCCUAUUAGACAAACUCAAAAUGCUGGACCAAAACGUUGCUUGCCAGGAUCUUAUACAAUAGCAGAACUGAAAUCUCACCUAGAACGUCCUCCUCAGGAUCCUAAUGCUCCAGGAGCUUCUGGUAAACCAUUCAAAACUAUCAAUUUAAGUCCUGAUGAGCAGAAGGAGAAUGAACGUGGGUUUGAAAAGCAUUGCUUUAAUGCUUUUGCAAGUGACAGGAUUUCAUUACAUCGGGAUCUGGGACCAGACACACGACCUCCUGAAUGUAUUGAACAAAAGUUUAAACGGUGUCCUCCACUUCCUACCACAAGCGUUAUCAUAGUUUUUCACAAUGAAGCAUGGUCAACUCUGUUGAGAACAGUUCACAGUGUGAUGUAUACUUCCCCUGCAAUAUUAUUGAAGGAAAUAAUUUUGGUGGAUGAUGCAAGUGUAGAUGACUACUUACAGGAUAAACUGGAUGAGUAUGUGAAGCAGUUCCAUAUAGUUAAGGUAGUCCGACAAAAGGAAAGAAAGGGGCUUAUUACUGCUCGAUUAUUAGGUGCUUCAAUAGCAACUGGAGAAACACUAACUUUUUUGGAUGCACACUGUGAAUGCUUUUAUGGUUGGUUAGAGCCUUUGUUGGCUAGAAUAGCUGAAAACAAUACUUAUGUCGUAAGCCCUGAUAUUUCAUCAAUAGAUCUUAAUACAUUUGAAUUUUCUAAACCUUCGCCUUAUGGUCAAAGUCACAACAGGGGAAAUUUUGACUGGAGUUUAUCCUUUGGAUGGGAAGCUCUUCCUGAGCAUGAAAGUCAAAGAAGAAAAGAUGAAACCUAUCCCAUUAAAACACCUACUUUUGCAGGAGGGCUUUUUUCAAUAUCAAAGGACUACUUUUAUAAUAUUGGGAGCUAUGAUGAAGAAAUGGAAAUAUGGGGAGGAGAAAACAUAGAAAUGUCUUUCCGAGUAUGGCAGUGUGGGGGUCAGUUGGAAAUCAUACCUUGCUCGGUUGUUGGUCAUGUAUUUCGCAGUAAGAGCCCUCAUACAUUUCCAAAAGGAACUCAGGUCAUUACACGUAAUCAGGUUCGCCUUGCAGAAGUCUGGAUGGAUGAAUAUAAAAGCAUAUUUUACCGGAGAAACACAGAAGCAGCAAAAAUUGUUAAACAAAAAACAUUUGGUGACCUCUCAAAAAGGCAUGAGUUAAAACAACGCUUGCAAUGUAAAGACUUCAAAUGGUAUCUUAACAAUGUUUAUCCUGAAGCAUAUGUACCAGACUUGAAUCCUUCAUUAUCUGGAUUUCUAAAAAAUGUUGGAAGAAGAGCAUGUCUGGAUGUCGGUGAAAAUAAUCAGGGUGGCAAACCAUUAAUUAUGUAUGCUUGUCAUGGGCUUGGAGGAAACCAGUACUUCGAAUAUACUGCACGCCAUGAAAUUAGACACAACAUCCAGAAGGAGUUAUGCCUACAUGCUUCUCAAGGAGCUGUACAACUUAAUGAGUGCGGUUAUAAAGGAAACAAAAGCAGGACUCCUAAAGAAGAAAAAUGGGAGAUCAGAGAGGACCAAUUGUUAUACAACGCAGCACUAAACAUGUGUCUUACAGGAAACAGGGAACAUCCUAGUAUGGUACCAUGUGAUCCCUCAAAUCUCUUCCAAAAAUGGAUUUUUGGCCAAAACAUGUAAAAUCUGCUACUGAUAAAUAGAUAUUUAUCAAUAGUAACAUCAUCAUCUUCAAACUUUUACAGAUUUAAUUUAAAUUAUGGAAACCAGCUAAUUUGUAAAGCAUUUUAAAGCAUUUUUAGCUUGCAACAAAUCCAAAGAAUUCAUAGACUUCUCAAAUGUUGGAAAAUGUUUACAUAAUAUUGGAAAUUAUAUUUCCAGUAUAAUUUUUUAAAUUAAAAAUAUCUUUAAGAUGUUGGAAUUCCCUUGGUUUGGGGAUGAUUUCUAAGGGCUUUAUAUGCAUAUAUGCCUGUUAAUAACUUUGGGAAAACUUGUCAAUAAAGAUUAGAUUUUUUUUCUUCUAUAAAA